GCCAUAAGGCGUGUCCUAUUCGACGGUCCAGUAAACCAUUGGUGCCCCAGAAUAGCAAACAGUGAAAUCGUUUGGAAAGUAGCAAGUGAUUGUAUUAUUUCUUUAUCCAAUUGAAUAGUUUCCAUUCACUGAACCCUUCCUCUCCAACAAUGCCUGCGAUCCAAAGCUUAAAGAUGACUUUCGAUGCGCUGAACGACUUCGGGACGUUUUCAGAGGGGGACACUCUCACUGGGAAAGUGACGCUGGCCUUAUCAAAGCAGACCACAAUUGAAAGCUUGUUUGUGAAAGCUAAAGGAGACGCCGAUGUACACUGGACGAAAAAGAACGGCGACCACACCUAUACGUACUCUGCACACACCAGAUAUUUUAAACUGAAGCAGUUUUUAAUCCCAGAAAAAGACAUUGUAGUUCCUCAGGGUACCCAUGUCUUUUCAUUCAGUAUUAAAAUACCACCAGGGAGCAUGCCUUCAUCCUUCAGGGGGAGUCAUGGAAAGAUUGUCUACAAGCUAGAGGCCAAGCUGUGCAGGAGUUGGAGGAUGGACCAUACAGUGGAAAAGGAGAUCAAUUUUGUUUCCAAGUCCUUUCCAAACCUUCAAUCUCUGAUGUCACACCAAGUUGGUUCAACAAACAAAGAGAUGGGGUUUUUCUCAAAAGGAAAUGCGUACAUGGAUGUGACCGUUGACAGGAGAGCUUAUGCUCCAGGUGAAACUAUCACGAUUGAUGCAAAAAUCCACAAUUCCUCUACCAGUGAGAUGACACCCAAAUUCAGUUUAAUCCGGGAUGUGAUGUACCGUGCCCGCGGUAAUGUCAAAACUGAGAACACCGUUAUUCACAAAGUGGCUGGCGACUGUAUUAAAACCAAAACACAGAAGCAUGUUAAGUGUGCAAUGAAGAUUCCCUGUGAUCUGCUUCAGACAAUCCAGAAUUGUGACAUUAUCUCAAUGGAAUACCAUUUAAAGGUGUACCUGGACAUCAGCUUUGCUUUCGAUCCAGAGAUCAUUUUCCCUGUGGUAGUGGUUCCUCCCAUUAUGGCUGGACAUCUCUAUCCAGCUGGGGCUAUUGGGGGCCCAAGCAACAGCGACUUCCCUCCCCCUGCGGUGGCUAUGGGUCCCUAUCAAGCUGGAGCUAUUGGGGGCCCAACCAACAGCGACUUCCCUCCACCUCCGGUGGCUAUGGGUCCCUAUCCAGGUGGGGCUAUUGGGGGCCCAAGCAACGGCAACUUCCCUCCCCCUCCGGUGGCUAUGGGUCCUUAUCCUACAUCCCCACAUUCAGGCACUUAUGGACAACCAGGAGUCCAGAAUUAUUCAGCACCACCACCCGCAUACCCUGCUCACGUGAGUGGGGGCUGCAAUAACCCAGUGCCAAUGGCUUCUCCGUAUGGAUCUCCAUUUUCAUCUUCCUCAUCGUCUUCUGUGCUUCACCCUCCACCUACUGCUCCAACAUUUCACACACCCCCAUGUGCCCCAGAUAUCAACCCCCCUCCUUAUCCUCCACCGUUAAAUGUAUCCCCGACUGCUCCUUCAUACAACAUGCUGCCUUCUGCGCCAAUGAUGAACACUGACUUCUUGUCUCAAUCAGAUGAAGCUCCUCCGGCAUAUUCGCUCCUCUUCCCAACUUCUGCUGCUACAAAAUUUGAUCCAAAAUGAUGUACGCUAGAAGUUAAAAUGUGCAAUCAAUCACCUAAAUCGUGUCUUUAACACUGUAUUAGUGUCAUUAAAUGUGUAGUUAAAAUUAAAAAGCCAUUUUGAACAAAAUGUACAAAAUAGGACUUUUGCCUUGUAUGUGAUGAGUUGUUUUCUGGUCAGUUCAGGUUGCUGAUUGGCUUUGUUCAGCUGAUAACAUAUUUACUCAAACCUCAGUCAUCAGGAUACACUGGGCAUUUUACGUGCCUUGUUCAGCUCAAGUGUGCUAGACUGAUUUUUAUUUAUUUUUUAACACUAUACUUUAUACUUACUCCCUGGACAACAUGUACUGUGUCAAGAAUUUUUUUAAAUAUGUAUUCUUUUAAAUUAAAGCAACCAACUAAGAGGCUUAAUAUGUAUAUUUCCCCCCCAAAUUAAGUCUGUUGAGUUUAACACGAGAGAACUACCUCUGUUUAUUUUAAUACACAACUUUGCAAACCUGAUUUGUUCUACGUUCAAAUUGUUUCCUCUACAUUUGAAUAAAGAACAUUUGUGUAAAA